AUGGCCCUAUUGGUAUGUUUCGAGGCGUUGGAGGCGCGAAAUCACCCUUUUGAGUUUAGUCAGAAGUCGUUCGUGGCACACAGCACGAUCAUGGUCGACAAGUCUGGCGGCGAAAACUUCACUUCGGUUCAAGCGGCAAUUGAUUCUGUUCCACUGAACAACAACGCCUGGAUCCACGUCUCUUUGCAUGAAAAGGUCCAGAUAGCAAAAGAGAGACAAUUUAUAUACCUUGAAGGAGAAGGCAGCAGGGAUACUGUGAUCCAGUGGGGAGAUGCUGGAGAUGUCAGUAAGAGCUCCACCUUCUCAUUGUUCGUAGAUAAUUUUCUCGCAGCACACAUAACUUUUAAGAAUACAUACAAUGCUGGAAGCAUUACGUGGGCACCGGCGGCCAUGGUAAUGAGAGAUAAGGCGAUGUUCUGCAAAAGCGCCUUUGUGGGCAUUCAGGACACGCUGAGCGACUAUCAAGGCCGCCACUUCUUUGAUACCUACUACAUCGAAGGCGCAGCCGACUUCAUUUGGGAUGCUCACCUCGGAGGUGUUCUGGGUUACAUCACCAUUCAAGGCCGGGCGGAUGCUGCGCAAACAAAUGGUUUCGUGGUCAAGAACUGUGCCAUAAUAGGAAAUGGUAAAUCGUACCUUGGAAGGGCUUACGGGCCAUACUCGACAGUUAUAUUUUACCAGACAAACAUGUCCGAUGUUAUCGUUCCCGAAGAAGUAGAAUGCGAUGGACCUGGAGCGAGUAUGUCCAGGAGAGUGAAUUGGAUGAAGAAACUGGAUAAUAACGAGCUAUCUCACUAUAUCGACUCGAGUUUCGUCGAUGGAGAUGGAUGGAGAGAGCAGCAGCCUAGUCCUUCUCCAUUCUUCACUGCUGUCGUGCUGGCUCUGUGGAGCCUGUCGAAGGUUAGCUUCAGCCAAGUCUGCAGCAGUCAAAAUCAAGACUCGGCGACCAUCAUUGUCGAUCAGUCGGGCCAUGGACAAUACACCACGGUGCAACGAGCCAUCGACUCCGUGCCGGCGAAGAACAGCGUCUGGACUCGCAUCCUGGUUAAGCCCGGGAAUUAUAAAGAAAAGGUUGCAAUUCCUGAAGACAAGCCAUGCAUCGUCCUCGAAGGGAACUCGGCAAGUAACACCAUCAUCGAGUGGGGCGACGGGGGUGAGGUUAAUGAAAGCGCUACCUUCACGCUUUUUGCAGAAAAUUUCAAAGCUAGGAAUAUAGGCUUCAAGAACACCUACAACGAAAUGACACGACGCGGGGAUUGGAGUUCGAUCAAGCCGGCUCCGGCGCUUCAAGUAACAUCGGACAAAGUCUCGUUCUACCGAUGCGCCUUUAUAAGCGUGCAAGACACGCUGGCAGACUUCCGAGGGCGUCACUACUUCGAGUCUUGUUACAUUGAGGGUGCCGUGGAUUUCAUCUGGGGCGGAGGCCAAUCCAUCUAUCAGGGCUGCAAGAUAAACGCGAGCACGGACAUCCGAGGUGGUGGAUUGGCAGGCUACAUCACGGCUCAGGGCCGCGAGAGCACGGCGGACACUAGCGGGUACGUCUUCAGCCAGGGUUCCGUGGUGGGUACGGGGCCCGUUUACCUCGGAAGGGCGUAUGAGCGGUACUCAAGAGUAGUGUUUUACAAGACAGAUCUCUCAAACGUCGUGGUGCCAAAGGGAUGGGACUCCUGGAGAUACGCUGGUCAAGAGGAGACAAUAACCUACGCAGAGUAUCAAUGCACCGGGCCUGGGGCAGACAUGUCCAAGCGAGUCAAGUGGGAGAAGACACUAUCAGGUGAGGAGUUACAGAGGUUGACCGAUGUCAACACAUUCAUAAAUCAAGAUGGUUGGCUGCAGAAGCAACCCUUUUAG